GAUCAUCUUUAACUCUUUCCAUCAUCUGCCAAUUAGCGGGAGCAUCUAUGUCUUCCUUCAAACGCAAAACGACCUCCAACCAAAUAUCCAACCCUAUUGGAACUCGUGUAAUUCCAGGCCCUGUAUCAACUUUUAUAACAUCUACUGGUGUACCAUCCCUCGAUGAUAUCCUUGGCGGCGGUCUACCUUUGACUUGCUCCCUACUCAUCUUAGCACCCGACGUCCACACUGCGUACGGAGAGCUCAUACAGAAGUAUUUCAUUGCUCAAGGGCUUGCCUGUGGACAGACCGUCUGCGUACUCGACGACAAUGCAAAAGAAUUUGUCUCCGAAUGUAUGUGGAUACCCAGCCAUGCAACUCAAACAACUGGAACAACCGCUCCUGAGGACGAGGAAGAUGAAACAGCCAAAUCUCAUGAUGCAAAAAUCAAGAUCGCGUGGAGAUACGAGCAGAUGAAGCAGUUCCAAACUACUGUAUCAUCGACAUCCCAGAGCAGCGAUGACUUUUGCAAAGUAUUCGACUUGACCUGUCGUAUACCCUCUCAUGUACUACAAUCUGGGCAACUCUUAUCUCUGAACAUUACAACCCAUACGAAUGAAUCUUCAACCAGAAGAAUCCUGAAGUCGAUGAAGGAUAUUCUCGAGAGUGAGGAGGUCAACUCCUACAAACCUAUUCGAAUAUGUAUACCCGCACUGGGUUGCCCUCAAUGGGGUGACAUUGAACCUGAGGAUCUAUGUUACUUCUUACAAACUCUGCUUUCUAUGAUUCGGAAUUAUCCGCAGACAUGUCUUUCAUUAUCCCUUGCACCUCAUCUUUGCACGGACAGCUGGGGAGGUCCUGGAUGGACACAGAAGUUGGGAUGGUUAUCGGAUGCUUGCGUCUCAUUAUCUGCCUUCACCGCAAACCCUGCGCUCUCAGCAAUGUUCCCCUCACAUCAUGGAUUUGUUCAGAUCCAUUCUCUCCCUGCGCCCUAUACAUUACUGCCGCCAAGCGACAAGUUCUCUACCUUGCGCGGACUAUCGUCAUCCGGCGAAAACAACUUGGCGUUUAAGUGUAUGAGAAAGAGACUCAUUUUCGAAACAUUGCACCUGGAUCUUGAAGGUGGCGUUGGCGAGCGAAGGACGACACCAUCCGCAACUACCAUGGCGAUGGAAAGUGAAACCCAUGCGCAUCAUCAUCCUCACACACCUGGUGCAGUUGGCCCAUCGGGUUCGGAAGGGUCAGCGAAGGUGGAAGUGCAACUAGAAGAUGUCCGGGAGAACGUCGCAAAAGUGAUGAUUCAGGAGGCAUCGGUCUCGCAGGCCACAUCUUCGUCAGCGUUCAAGAAGGCCAAACCAAAGAAAAGAGUGGCAUUCAAAUCAGACCGUCCAGACUUGUAUGACUUCUAGCACACAGUUACAUGCGUGCAGUUAUGUAUAUUAUUCCGUCCUGCCAUCGUUAUUCCGAGGCUGAGAGUCAUCCUAGAUGAAGAAAAAUGGACGCCUGUAGACGAUGCAUGGAUGGAUCAGAAGCCGAAGAUUUUUUGGCUCGCCUGGGAUGCUCACCCGUGGGAUCAAUGGGGCAUGCCUUCGUGGAUCUGACUCGGUUUACAUCCAGGCCUGGUCGUAAAAUGGUGCCGGUGAUGCAACUUGGAGGUUUGCAACAGCUUGUUGACAUUCCUCUCGCAAUCUCCGAAGUAUCGAGAUAGGGUCCAAAGCUUCCUCCACAGCUUCCUCCACAUACUCAUAUUCUUCUUCCUCUUCUUCGAGAAACUCGUCAUAAUCCUCUCCGUCAUCAGGAAGGGCGCCUAGCUCAUCACCUGUGCAAUCCUCCAACCUAAUUCCUUCCCGAGCACAUUGGUUGGACCAGCGGGCCCAGCGGUCGUAACAAGUGCUGUGGGGGCCAUUGGCGGCCUCAAGAUCGCGAAGAAGUGACCUGCUUAGCACCCUAACGUACUUGAGUUUGGGAAAAUUGCGUGUGUUUAGGGCCAGAAUGUUCAUGUCAUUCGAAUGUCGCAUGUAACGAGUGGUGAAAGGGUCGUAUGCAGCCGCCGUGGCUAGAUAACCUACUCCAAAAGCAUAGGCCAGUCCAUGGCAGCCAAUAAAUGUGAGGUUGGGAUGAGGAGAAUUCACCAACGCGGCAGCUCCGCUAACUGUUGAUGGAAGUCGCCAAUCCAAAUUGAAGGCAAAUGCCUGAAGAUUGGGGCAAAGCUCCAAUAUGGAUGCAACAUCCAUACUGGACGUGCUGUCAAUAUCUAGGAAUGUUAAUAGAGCCCCAUGACUGCG